CCAUCUAGUGAAGAGAAGCACGCGAUACAUGUACUUGGAAACAUGUUCCGGCUGUUCCGUGUUGUGAUUGUGACAUGGUAGUGUAGGGACACUUGGUUCUUUACAGAGAUCUUAAAUCUUAUUGAUAAUGUUCAGCAUGUUUUCAGGCCAUGUAAUGGAUUAAGCACCAGUCAUUGAAAGGGGAGAAAAACUGUUUACAAUGGAGGCAUUUUUACGAAACCAAAUACUCAAUGUCUAUCCACAUCGGCCUCCAGCUAUGCAAAGGAAUGACGAGAAAAAGGAUGCGAAGCUGCCUCAUCGCUUUGACUCUGUCCUUGUAGAUGGGGACUUACUCAGCUACAGCCCUAAUGUUCAGCAGCGUGUGGGAGUGUAUAUAGCAGCGAAACCAGUCACACCAGAGAACAAUUACUUUGAACUGGAAAUCAUUGACCCAGGUGUUAGCUGUUGCAUUGCCAUUGGGCUAGUUCCAUACCAGUAUCCUCUGUAUGCACAGCCUGGGUGGAAGGCCUUUGGUGUUGGUUAUCAUGCAGAUGAUGGAAGGUUGUACAAGUCAAGUGGAAUGGGGCAGGUGUAUGGUCCACGCUGUCAUUUAGGUGAUCACAUGGGUUGUGGAAUCAAAUUUCCAGCUGGAGCAAACCCAAAACAGGCUGGUCAAGCAUAUGUAUUUUUCACACGGAAUGGUAAAGAGCUUGGGUCUGUGAAAAUACCAGUGCCUCAGGGAGGUUUGCACCCAGCUGUUGGACUCCACUCUGAUGGGGAGGAGGUACGCCUGAAUCUGGAUGCUGAGUGGCCAAGAGAAGAUGCCAUGCUAAUGGCUAUAGACCAUUGUGAGGAAGACUGGCGAAGACUUCAUGAUAUAAAGCUCAUUGGGCAGAUAUUGGAAUAUGAUGGACGUGGCAAAACGAUACAUGAUGUAGGUCUGGCCCAAGCCCGCUUACCACUUACAACCACAAAUCACUAUUUUGAACUGGAAAUUGUAGACCCAGGAGAAAACUGCUACAUUGCUAUUGGCAUUGCUAGAAAAAAUUACCCCAAGCACAGGCAUCCAGGGUGGAACCGUGAGUCUAUAGCAUACCAUGCAGAUGAUGGGAAAAUAUUUUUAGGAUCAGGAAUAGGAGAUCCAUUUGGACCAAAAUGUCAUAAAGGUGAUAUCAUGGGGUGUGGCAUCCUGUUUCCUCCGGACUAUGAUCAAGAAGAAGCAAAUGCAGCAGUUGAUGAAAAUGAGGAUGAUGCUGAAAAUGAAGACUCUCCCUCUGAAUAUGGUGACGAUGAAGAAUAUGAAGAAGAUGCUCACCCUAAGCAAGUGGAAGACAUGGAAGAGCAGGCAGGCACAGUUGAGGUGUUUUUCACUCGCAAUGGCAAAUUCAUUGGUAAAAGACGAGCGGUCAUUCCUAAAGGAGGUUUCUAUCCAACCAUUGGCAUGCUGAGCAGUUGUGAGAGAGUUCGGGUGGAUCUAAACCCACUCACUGGUUGAUGCUGAUGUCUUUUAGGUUGAAGAUAAACUCUUAACAAAAUUCUGAAUUCAAGUGAAAGGACACUGUGAGUGGCAGAAACCUGAUAGCUUUGGGACUUCUUUUUUCAGAGCAAUGUUGCCUUCAUAGUGUAUCAUUUUCUUUUAGAUGUGAAUCUGCCAAGAAAACUGAAACACUCUACCUGUGAUAUGUUUGACAUGUUAUUUAUGCCACUUGAAAAGGUUCGACUAUGUGUAUUCAUCUUUGUGGUGUUUGAAAAAUUAACACUGCCUGUGAUUAAGAACCUGGAUCAAGAUAUGCAAAGAGUGUAGUGAUGUGGACUGAAGAGACAUGAAUUUGAACAGAGAAAGCAUUUAGUUAUGAUUCUUUUGCUUAUUAUUUUUCUUUUUCAUUCAUCUUUCAUUUGGCAGGACAUUACCAGGUGUUGGAUCAACCUGUUGGUGCAAAAUCUGCAGUGCACUAUAAAUUGGGAAUUAUGACUUUAAACAGGCAUUGUUGCUUUAUAACGUUGUCGCUAAUAUUUUGUUGUCUACACAGAAUCACACAUUCACUAUAUCAGCUGUGGUCAAAUAUGGUGCUGGAAUCUUCACUUGAUAAAAUGGAAUUUUUCUGGAAAAUAUUUAACAUAGUGUGUGUGCGUGUAUGCAUGAAUGUAUGAUUGAGUGAGAACAAGAAAAAAGUUAUUGGUGGGAUUCUUCAUCUGGGAUAGAUGCGGUCCACUUAAAAUCCACAUAGUAUGGUCAGUGUUGCAUCUAAGAUUUUGUUUUCAAAUUUAUGAGAGUUGCAUUGGUGGGGUAUUCACUCCUGGAAAUAGUUUAAUUUGUAAGUAAAAAAAUAAACAGCCAUGUAAAUGAAGUCAGACAUUGUUUGAAAAUAAUUGUUGUGAGUCUGAAAGGAUUGUGAAUGUUUAUGUUGAUGUGCAGCUAACAGAAUGGUAAUUCAUGAAAGUGGUGCAUGUCACAUUUUCCUCAUAAACUGUAACAUUCAAAUUUGUUAAUUUAAAAUAAAAUGAUUUUAUAUCAAUAAAUUUUAUUUAGGUGCCAUUUUUCCGUAGUCAGGAUUGUUCCAGCAAGCGCAAAGCCAGCUUGCUUGAUGUGCUUACCUUCUUUUUUCAGUUGUAACUUUCUUGACAGUUAGGUGCCAAAAUGCAGUUAUAUGUAUUCCUCCUGCAUUCUAAAACAUUUCUUUUGCUGGUCCAAAGCUAUAAAGAAAUAAUUUCCUUAAUUUAAUGAUGCAGGUACUUGAACUGUUGGUUUAGCAACUUGUUUUUUCUUUAAUCCAUCUAUAUUUUUCUAUAAAAAGCUUUAGUGAAGAAUUUGAUGUCAAUCCCCAUGUUAUGUACUAUUACUUUGUUUAUGUUGAUUCUUUACAGGUCAAGGAGAGAAUCUAAAGCCUAAUGAAGAAACAUGAUUAAUUUAGGUAUGAAGUGGUAUAUACGUGUAUUUCUUUAUGGUGUUGUUUGAUGUUUUAGAUCAUAGUUAAUGUACACAUGCUUUGAAGUGUUUGCGUGCAAUGUGAUUUUCAUAAGAAAGAAUCUAUUUAACACACAGAAUGCAAUGUUUAUGUUUGUUUGCAAGAGGUUUUUAUGAGUAUUUUUGUAGCAUAAGGUAAAAUAUUUUUGAAAACGGCAACUUGCUCAUAACUUUAGCUAAAUUAACAGAAUUUUGGUAAUGAUGUUUAUUCCAUUUUGAUUAAAAAAAAAGUUUGGUUUAAUUUUUAAUGUUCAUUCUUGUAACUUCUGUUGUUAUAGUUUGGUAGAGAACUCUCAUACUUCAUUCUUUCCAGGGCCAUGUCUUUUUUUUUUUUUACCCCUUUUCUGACUCAAGCGGUUACCUUAAAAUAAUGUAUAAUGUUUGUUAAAUGGUACCUUAUCUCAGAUUACUUGAAUUUAAAGCUCCGUUCUGCUAGUGCUAGGUUUCCAUGAUGAGGGGGACAAUCAUAUGAAAUGCACAUUGGAAAAACAGAUGCUUAAAUUCGCAUAUAAUUAGUAAUGAUACCUAUCUGAAAAAUUAAGUGAUGCUGCAAGGGUUUUAACAAUGAUUAAAGAGCUAAAGAACAUAGGGAUAGCUUUUAUGGCUUUUUGACAGUUUUAAAAUUGUUACAAGCUUCAUUGAACCUAACCAUUAAAAGAACUAAUUGUGUACAUUUAGAUGCUAUGCACCUACAGUGACCAAAGCUGUUGGUUUGUUUUUUUUUUUUGUGUGUGGAUAGAUUAAGGAACAUUAAGACAGGUAAACUGAUCACCUCAUUUGCUGCAAUAAAUUAUAAGUUUGUCAAGAGUUUAUUACUAAUUGCUCGUGUGGUUCAAAAGCAUGCAGAAAUACAUCUCAAAUAAGAACAUUCUG